CUGUAAAUUUAUACUCAACUGAACACUAAUAAAAUCAUAUGCAUACACAAAAUUGAACUACACUACGCUUAUGGCUGCAGCUAAAUACUAUUCCUCUCGCUCUCUAAGUCAUAAUCAUACCCGAAUUUUUCAAGAGCUCUCCACCUCCACCGCCAGGAAGAGCAGUGGCUACUUCAGAUUGAGCUCGAAGAAAUCAGAUUUUUCAGUCUCGGGUGUAAAGAGAGCUAACCUCACUGCCAGAAAGAAGGAGAGGAUCAAGCUCCCUAAUUAUGGCGGAGGAAAUGGGAGUUACCAUAUCAGUGAAUUUUUCAGUCAUCCAUCUGGGAUUGAAGCGAUACUCAAUUCUAGGGCUCUGCAGAGUUAUCACCCCCUUGAUUCCAAUUUGUACAGGUGUGUUCUGCCGCAGAUUCAACUUCUCAGUUUUAGAGUUGCACCAGUUUUGGAGUUACUUGUAACUCUAUCUAGUGAAGAUUGCGUUGUAGAGAUGUUGUCUUGCAAGUUUGAGGGUUCUGAAGCAGUGGAACGCCAGAAUGAACGUUUUUCAGCUUCUAUGAGAAAUCAUAUUACAUGGGACAUUAUUGAUGCUGAACAUGUCUUGGAUGUUGAUGUCGAAUUGAAUAUCCUCCUUGAGAUCAACACCCAGCCAUUUGCAAUGCUGCCUAUAUCAGCUGUCGAGCAACCAGGAAAUAUGGUGAUGCAGGCUGUGGUAGACCGGAUGGUACCAUUGCUUGCACAACAAUUGCUGCAAGAUUACAAAGAAUGGAUUCAUCAACAAAGCAAAUGCCUUGAGUGAAUUAAUCCUCUGCAAGGUGGAAACUAUCAUAGUAUCAUGUAUGGUCGUUGCAAUCAGAGGAAAAGUCUCAUCUAACAAAAUACUCCUUUACUCCUAGAGUCCUAGUUAUCAUGCAUAAAAGAAUACCAAAUGUAGGUGCCCUAACUUCAAAAAAUGUAUGUAUUGCUGAUGAUUAUUGGCAUGACUUGUGAUGAAUAAAAAUUGGUCAGUAUGUUUAAAACAUUUGUUGAAUGCAAUAUGAAAGAAACAAAGUAGUUAAGGUCCAACUUAUGUGUGAAUGUAAAGUUAAAUUAUAAACAUAAAAAUAAAAAAAUAAAGUAGAGAAGAAAAUGGGAAUAAUUGAGAUAUGUGAUGUAGGUGAUAAUUUGCAGAGGAGGUGAAGGAAACAGCUCCCAAAUACAAGACUACCAGCAUGAUAAUGUAGGUAAGCUUACUGACCAUUCACACAGCGCCACAGCAUUAAGCUGAUGUGUGACUGGCUAAUUAGCUACCAUAAUCGCAAUCAUCAAAAAUCAUAGUACUCCAUUAAAUACUUAAUAUAAUAAACCCACAUCAUAUUGGUGAAAGACAUGAAUGGAAACGCUUUUGAAUCUCAAGAUGAGCGAAUGGAAUUGGCGAAUGAUUGAUGCAGAAACAUAGUAGCAUUAGUUUGUUAAACCGCCGAAGACACACUGCUUGCUUCUGCAUCCGCCAUUUCUAUCUUCUGUAUUAGAAGAGGCUGCUGCAAUUUUGAAUUUAUGGGCAGUGGUGGCUAGGGCUUACGUCACCUUCCCACUUAUAUCAAGAUUUGUGGCCAAUUUAAGCGAGCAAGAUUUAUUUAUCAAUUAUUUAUGUUAAACUUUUGUAUUUAAAACGUUAUGAAUAAAAGUCUUACUUACGUAA